CUCCUUCAGGUGCGAGCUGCAGGUCCUGGAACCUUCUCUCCACUUCCCUCUAUGCGGUUCACCCGAGCGUCCUCGCACGGCACUGACAGCGGGAGAAGUCACUUCAGCCUGACACCCAGCAACACACGGACCUGUAGCUGCCAGCAGAAACACUUCCAGACUCCAGUCGCUUCCUGAAGUGCGUUUUCACGGAAAUGGUUCACCUGAAGUUUCCCUUCGGACGGUGAAAGUUUAGAGUUGGAGACAGCAGGGAGACGCUUCCAAUGGAGAGAGGGUGAAUCAAUCCUUCUGGACCAUACAAGUACAUCAAGGGCUUAGCUCCAGUGUGAGGAGGUAUGUCAAACCGUGACUCGCUGGGGUUCGGGGAACUCCUUCCCCAGGAUGUGGUUGAUAUUUUUGCCCAGGAGAAGCACAGCAAAAGGGGUCGGAAGAAGCGCAGUCACUCCCUGGGCCGGGCUCUGGUCUGGCUGAAGGGUAAGAAGAAUAAGGAUCCCGGUUUUAAGGGGCAUAGCUUGGGUCUGGGUCCUGCACUUGACUUGGCUUUGGACGGGCACCCUGCUGCUGGGCAUCAGGGUGGACACAAGGGAGGACAUAAGUCAGGAAGACAGGCUCAUCAUCAAGGUAACAAUCAUGCUGUCCAAAAGCGAGAUGACAAUGACAAGACCCCGGCCCCCCCGCUGUUACAGGAGAAUGUCUUCAUCGAGGCCAGCAGGCCCGAGUACUUGGAGAACCUCCACACUGAGGCCCUGGAGGGACUGAAAAUGAUGCAGCAGGAAGAAACCAAUAAUGGAAUGGAGUUCCAGGACAACAUGAGCACAAUUUCGAACAUGACUGUCCAAACGGAUGGGGAAGGGUUUAUGACAGACAGCACUAUUGCUGACUCAUCUUCUGUCGUCUCUGUACAAUCAUCUGUGUCCACGAGGUCCUCCCGCUCUGGUCUCACCAGGCAAGGGUCAACAUUCAGGCCCUUGAAUCAUGGGAAAAAGUCAGAAAAGACCAAGUCGAGGAGAAAACACAGGAAGACUGUCGGGGGAAUCCCACAGCAUGUUCAGAGAGAACUGGGUCUGGACAGAGUGGGUUGGUCACUGACUCAGAGGUUAGAUGAGGAGCAUCUUUAUAAUGGUGAAUCUGACGACAGCCCGACAGCCUAUAGGCCUCAGUCACAAACCAGAGCUGGUGCUAGCCUUCAGGACAUGAGCCUCAUCCAUCCCCUCCACAAACACCAUCUCGAGCGGCUCGGUGCCCCCAAUGCUGGUCAUAGGGAUGACCUGGCCCUGCUGAAUCACCUGGGCCCCGAGCUGUCAGAUGGGCAGAGGCCUCACUCCAUGGCCGUUCCCGGUAUGACCACUUCUAACAGCCUCCAGCCGGAGCUGCCCAGCCCCGUCAUGUCCAUGUCCCCCCAGGCACCCUACAUGUCCAAAAUCAUUCCAAAUGCUGUGUUGCCACCCUCCAUCGAUGUGGUGGAAAUCAGCCGUGGACGGAGUCGCAACAGCGUGCGCACCGUCAGCAAGAGCAGCCUGGUGAUGUCCAGCCCGGCCUCCUCCAGGGCUUCCUCCAGAGCCUCUUCCUCCAGAACCUCUUCCUCCAGAGCCUCCAACAUCACCUCUGUCUCCCGCAACUACCCUCACAAUAUGUCCGACAGCUCUUGUUGGAGCAACUCUGAGUCCUCAGACACCUUGGUAUCGGACUCCUCCACCAUCUCCAGCAGCAGCACCCCUAGACAGAAGAGGUCCCAGGAUGGAGAUGCUAAAGAGGACAAAAUCAGUGUUCACUCCUCCAUCAGCAGGGCUUCAAAUUGCAACUCCAAUGGCAAGCUCAUUGUUAAAGGAGACGAGGUUAAGAAGGAGGCGCCGUUUUCACGUAGCCUCUCCGUCAUGAAGCCCAAGAGGGCUCCUCCUCCUCCGAGCCGCACCUUUUCCCUCCACAAUAAGAUGAAGCGGCGGUCCAGGGAUCUGGCAGAAGUUAGGGUCAACUCAAGGGAAUCCUCUCUAAAUAACACCUCAGCUUCAGGUGAGGAAGAUGAACAAAAUAAAUUGGAUACUUCGCCCUCCAGCCCUGGAUAUACCGCUGACACCAGUUCACUGGAGGACUCUACAGGCUCUGUGUCAUUUAGCCCCAUCAGAUCUCAGGUGGAGGCCCGAAAAUCAGAGGAAGCCGAAAGAGCGAAAGACUCUUCAGAAGAGAAGAAGGAUCCGGAGAAUACACUUAGUAGAAUAGUCUCUCCAUCCAGUGGCUACUCCAGCCAAGAAGGCACAUCCACACAGGUUUCCAAAGAGUCCCACAGCCCAUCUCCGAGGCACAAGAGAGGCAUCUUCGCAAAGUUUCAACGGUUAUUUCCUGGGUCUGGUUCAACGCCACCUCCUCUCCGUGAGGAACUCAAACCUGUCACCACAGUUGAAACUGGCGGCCCUUCUGUAAGGGCCUUGAGGGAACUCUUCAACAUCCCUCCGCCACCUAAAAUCCACGCACCUCCACCGCCUCCUCCAGAGGUGUGGGCUCACAGCAAGCGCUCAUUUGAGCUGCUGCUGGGACCCCCGGCGCCUGAUAACCUUUACGCCAUCAUAAAGAGAAAUCCAAAGGACAGGAGACCACAGAGGCAGUCUCCUUCUGCAUCUGCAAAGAAUCUGAAUGUAACAGUGGAGUCCAUUAGCGGAGCCCUCCGUGUUCUGGAAACAAAGAAAGGUCAAGAAAGUGGGAUUUUGAGUGCAGAGGUUCACAAAGAGAACCUCGACAGACUGGCUGAGCAGAACGUUGAUUCGAAAGGAAAUGGGAAAGAGACAGAAAAAGAGGAGAAAGUGAGAGCAAGUGACAUAGUAAACAGCAUGUUAGUGAAGGCCGUAGAGAAGCGCGAAGGAAGGCUAUCAGUAGUGAGAGAAGAAGAGGUCAAACCGGCAUCCACACAAGACACAGAUGUAAAGACUCACAUGGAUACCUUAACCACCAUUUCAUUAACACGCAUUACUCCAUCUCCCUCUCCUCCUCCGGCGCACCACCCUCCCCAACCCCCAACCCCAUCAGUCGUUGUGUCCCCCGAGGCCUCCUGGCCCCCACCGCCUCCACCAAUGGCAAAAGUGGGCCUCAAUGGGCCUGAUGAUGUUGACUUCCCUCUUCCGCCUCCCCCCAUGUUCGGUGAGGUGGGGUUCGUGUUACCUGUUCAGGUGCCACAGGAGAACUCCUCUUCUGGUGGUGGCUCCACGUGUACAACUACGUCCGUUAUAUCAGUGGUGAUCACAGACUCUGACCCACAGAACCCAAGCACACACCAGGGACCUCCACCCCUGAAUAUCCCACCUCCCCCACCAUACACGGCUCCCCCUCCACCAGUUAAUGUAGUGUCCCCCGCUACAAUCAAAAAGGUCUCUUCUCCACUGCUACCUAAACAAGUCACUCCACCACCACCUAAAGUAACUUCCCCUCCGCCCAAAUCUAAGGAUAUUCCUCCUCCGCCACCACCCAAAGAAACUUCCCCUCCAACACCACCUAAGCAUGUUUCUCCUCCGCCACCACCUAAAGAGGUUUCUUCUCCACCACCACCUAAAGAAACUUCCCCUCCAACACCACCUAAGCAUGUUUCUCCUCCGCCACCACCUAAAGAGGUUUCUUCUCCACCACCACCUAAAGAAACUUCCCCUCAGACACAACCUAAGCAGGUUGUUCCUCCGCCACCACCUAAAGAGGUCUCUUCUCCACCACCACCUAAAGAGGUCUCUUCUCCACCACCACCUAAAGAGGUCUCUUCUCCACCACCACCUAAAGAGGUCUCUUCUCCACCACCACCUAAGAAGGUUUCUCCUCCACCAUCACCUAAAAAGACAUCCCCUCCAACACCGCCUAAAGAAAUGUCUCAUCAACCAUCGCCUAAUGGUGUUUCUCCUCCAUCACCACCUAAAGAAACGUCCCCUCCGUCACCACCUAAGGAGGUCUCUUCUACACCACUCAAAGAAAUUACUCCUCCGCCCCUUGUGAAGGUUACUCCUUUGGAACCAAAGGAGGCCCCCCCUGCUCACGUCAAUGAGGUCUCCAGCACACUGGUGACGGUGGUAUCUCCUCCACCAGUUAUCGAGGUCUCCGCUCCACCAGGUCCUGAAGACAUAUCCUGUCUGUCCACUGAAGAAGUGUCUCCUCCAUCUGCUCAAGAGAAGGCCUGUCAAUCUUCUGAGGAGGCCACACCUGUUAAGAGCUUUACUCCACCACUAAGUAUUCCUCCUCCACCUUCCCUACCGUCACAGCCAAAUCCACCAGUGAAAGAACUUGAUCUGCCCGGAGAAAGCUCCGUGGUUGAAUCUGAAACUAUCUCAGUUUCAUAUCACAGUACUCUCACUCCCCCUCAGAGUAUUCCCCCUCCGCCUCCUAUACAGCUUCUCCUCCACCCUCAGGUUGUACCCCUGAACACCCAUGGUCCAGCGACCCAGGAGCCCUCCCCUUCCCCAGAAGUCUCUAUCACACCAGAAAAGGCAGAAGAACCUGCUCCUUCUCCACCUGUAAACAUUCCUUUAGCUCCACCUUUACCUUUGCAGGGCCUUGCCAGCAUUAAGGAGCAGCCUAGUCCUGUAAGCACAGAGAACCAAACCCCGGAGCCGACCUCUGCCCCCGCUGCACAGGAGGGACCCUCCCUCAUUGUCAGCCCCUCCCUUCUGGAGAUGGUCAAGCUGCGGUCAGUCAGCAGCAGCCCUGAGCCUCCUAAGGAGCCAGCAGCGGUGGAGGUUACCAUGAGGAAGCAGCAGCCCAGCAACCCUGCCCCCCCCCUCAUCUGCCAGUGGUGAGGCUCCUCAGAAGCCCAUCAGAAGGUCUCUGAUAAUCCUCUCACCACCAACCACAUAUUCACCACCAACCACAUCUUCACCCCCUGCCUCCCCCCCUGCCACAGACACUGAACAACUAGCUCUGCCAGAGACCCAUUCUGUUUUGGUACUGCCUGCCUCCCCAACCCCAGCGAAAAGGUCUCCACCUGCCAUGACGGCCUCUCCUUCCAUGAACCUGCAGGAGGCCAUCCGCCUGAGGACAGCGGCCAGAUCAAAAACCGGCCCCGCAUCCCGCCUCAGUUUGAACUCCCCAACGUCGCCAAAAGACCCCCAAAAGUCCCCCUGCAGCACAGCAAGCUUUAUCUUCUCCAAGAGCAACAAGAGGGUGGUGAUCGAGACCAAGCCGGCACCGGAGGACAUGGCCACCGUACAGAAGGUGGCAGGCGAAGCGAAGUGGGUCAAGAAGGAAGUUAAGGUGCCACCACCCGUUGCAAGGAAACCAAAAACGAAGGGGAAAGAGAUUGAGGACAGUGAAGGGACGGAGCAAACUGCAGGACAGGAAGCACUGCAAGACGGUGUCAAGGAUGCUACGGAGAAAACGAAUGGGACAGCAGGUACUGUUGAAGGAGGAGAGACGCCAUCCACAUGAUUGUAAAGACUGAAGGAGACCUGGGAAGGACUUACCAAUAACACUGAAUCUGCUGCAAGGUCUUUGUUUGAGAAGCAAGACACUGGAUUUGGAUGGAUGAGAUGCUUAUCUCAAGGAUUGCAUUUGUAAAAGUUCUGGAUUUUAAAGGAAAUCCUCCGACUUUAACGUUAAUGGUGUGGGUCUUCAUUUUCUCAAGUUUGCAUUUUACCAAGAAUGAAUACAGCAUAUUUUCUUUUGCCAGAGGUGCUUCUGAGCUUUCCGUUGCACGAGAUGGGAAUAUACCGCCCUCUAGUGUCACACAUCGAUUCUGCCACGUAUGUCCUGCUGAAUCAGUUUUAGAUGUAACAAUGGGACUUUUGGGCGCUCAUCUGUAAAUAUAGCAUGAUUUUGUACAUUCAACAUAUCCAGCAUUGAUGGAUCUGUUCUACAGAGUUCUGUUCUAUAUUUUCUCCAAAACGGUUUCCACAGCAAUUAUAUUUGUUAAAAAGUAUUAAUUAUCUUAAGUUAUUUGUUUCCCGUUUUCAUAUUCAGAGGAGGGUCUCCACAGACAGAAUUUGUGUUAAACCUGUUUUUAAAAACAUCAUUUAAAAUCAAGUUUGUUUGUAUCGCUUAAUCAUGUCCAAAUAUGUGUUCUCUAAAAUCCCACGUGUCCUUUUUUAUGAUUAAAAGCUCUUUGUGGGUGACGGUGAGAUGUCACAGAACCAAUGAGCAGACCUGCAAAGCAAUAUAUUUUCUGCUGCUUUUAGUUACUGAUAAUGGAGGCUUUGCCCUUUCUCAGUUAAUGCUCAACAGUGGGAUAUUUCUGUAUUGAACUAUAAUAUAUUUCUAACUGGUUUCAGACACUGUAUUGUAAUAAAUCAUUUAUAAUGGAAAGAAUAAAGAUUUAUGGACGGAUCAAAUCGUCAAAUGGA